GAAAAAGAAGCGCAGUCUCAAACUCAAGAAUUUCAAGGUAUUUCUCAAACUCGGCACUGAGCUAUUUCCUUCGCUCUCACCCGCCGAAUUUCAAGUAUGGCUAGAGGUUCUAAACGCCACGAUUGCCCCAUAACCUCAAAGACAAAAAGAAAAUUUUGUUCUCAACCUUCUCAGUCAGUAGUGGAUGAUGGUAUACUAGAGGCUGGUGUUGAUACUGGGGAAGAACAAGCUUCUGAACCCUUUACAGAUGCAGAUGAGCCUCUAAGUGGUCCAUUUCCGGGAGGUCCUCAUGAUCCAUCGGUAUUGAAGAGCUUUAAAAGUCAUGUAGCAGCUGCUAUAUGGUUUAAUAAGGAACGUGAUCCGUUGAAACUUCAGAACCAUUCAUAUAAGCUCACACAAUGGGUAUUUGAUGAACAUGUUACUAACCAUAAGUUUUGGAGUUACAUUGAUGGGUCUAGGUUGAGGCCAUUAGUUAACUGUUCAUAUUUAAUUGGUAAUAGAGUUGUUGUGUCAGCCUUUUGUGAGAGGUGGCAGCCUGAGACGAAUACAUUUCACUUACCCUUUGGUGAAAUGACAAUUACAUUGGAUGAUGUUUUUAACAUUUUAGGUAUUCCAAUUCAGGGUGAUUCCAUAUCUGUACAUCCUGGAUUCAUAAUUUCCUCUAACUUUCUCUUUACCUGUCUCUUGGUGUCAUCGUCCCUUUCAUGUAACCAGGUCAUGAAUCUUUCCUCUAGUGACUUCAAUGGAAUAUCUAUAGGGUCAUUACUUUGUGGGGAAUGAAACAAAUCUAAUUUCCUCCAAUGACGAUGAACACAAUCGAGUGGAAUAGGGCUGCCAUUCUCCUUAUAAAUUGCCAUCUCAUGUGCACAUGGCAACCCAUGUGUUUUUCUCAAAGUACAACCACAUGCAUUCUCAUUAGUUCCAAUAACAUCGAUUCUCUCAGACUCUCCCAAAAUAUAAUCUAGGGCAGCAUGUGAUACAAAACCCACUAUUACCUUAAACUCAUUCUUCAUGAAGUCAUGUCGGACAAAUAUAAGACUUUUCUCAAAUGAAGCCUUUACUUCUGUGUGUUGCAACACCAAUAAGGCGUGAAUCUUUUUCCAUGAUGUAUCAAAGUUGCACAGACUAGACAUCAAAUGUCGCUUCAAUUUUGAAUGAGCACUUUCCGCCCUAG